AUGCUUGCGCGUCUUUCCUCCGGUAACCUCGACUUGACCCUGCGGAUGCGGGCGCUGGAUGUGCGUGCAGUGCGGGAGCGGCUGGAGCGCAAUGCCGCACAAGGCUUUCCCUUGGAUAUGGAGUUGCUUCAGACGGCGGACGACCUGGUCGUCCGCUUCCAGGCGCAUCCCCCAGAGGGCUUCUUCAACUACAUCUGCGGCCUGCAGGAGUUCUGCCUCUUCGGCUACGUCAGCGCCCUCUUCGUCCGAGCACGGCAUCUGAUGCUGGAGCCGGGGGAGCGGGAGACUGCCAACGAUUUGUCCUAUGCCGAGCCGAUCUUAGGAAAAGAGAAGCUUGGCCAAGGGGAAAAGCUGGGGCUUACGACCCCGGUGACCGAGAUCUGUGCAAGAAGGAACAUCAACCAGACAGACUUCAUGACCUACGCGCCUUGGUGUCACGAGGCGCAGUACGUCUCCAAGAAUCCGGUGAGACCUCCGUCGGUGCCGCUGGAAUCGCUGCACUGGCAGCCCCCACUGGACUUGGUUGCGAGGCUGUCGCAGCCGCGAGCCAAAGCCCUGGUGCAGGUGGCUGUCUUCGGCACGCACGCGACGCUGUCGCUAGAGCCGGUGGACAUGCUGAAGCGGUCACAGGCGCACUUCGAGCUCAAGGCGACGUUCUUCGGCCUCGAGCCGCGCUGGUGCGAGAUCCUGGGCCUGUGCGAUCAGGGCUCUUCCGCCAUCACCCAGCUGCUCAGGGCGGCGGAGGAGGAUCCCUUCGCGUACCCCUGGGACACGCUGUCCCAGCAUCUUAGUGCCGCAGCGUCGGCAGACCCUGCCCUACGGGAGGCCCAGCUGCUGCUCUGCACCGAGCCAGUCGCCGGCUGCAUCAUGUUGCGGCAGUGGGCCAGUAGGGAAAGGGGUAGUCUGCCGAUGCUGGGCUUCUACGGGGUGGCUCUUCUGAACGGCUGCCCACCGCAGGACGUGAAGACCUUCUGGCGAGGGUUCGGGGAGCUGCUGGACAGCAGCUCCAAAACCCGAAUGGCCACCAACAAUCUCAUCCUCUCGGAGCAGCCGCUUCCUUUGCAGCUUUGA